AUGUGCAACAGCAGCUCCAUGCCCCAGUUCCUCUUGCUGGCAUUGGUAGACAGGAGGGAACUGCAGCUCCUGCACUUCUGGCUCUUCCUGGCCAUCUCCCUGGCUGCCCUCCUGGCCAACGGCCUCAUCCUCAGCGCCGUAGCCUGUGACCGCCACCUGCACACCCCCAUGGGCUUCUUCCUUCUCAACCUCUCCCUCACAGACCUGGGCUGCAUCUGCACCACUGUCCCCAAAGCCAUGCACAAUUCCCUCCAUAACACCACAACCAUCUCCUACACGGGAUGUGCUGCACAGCUCUUUUUCUUUUUCUUCUUCAUCUCAGCAGAGCUUUGUCUCCUCACCAUCAUGUGCUACGACCGCUACGUUGCCAUCUGCAAACCCCUGCACUACGGGACCCUCCUGGGCAGCAGAGCUUGUGCCCACAUGGCAGCAGCUGCCUGGGCCACUGGCUUCCUCACUGCUCUGCUGCACACAACCAGCACAUUUUCCCUACCCCUGUGCCAGGGUAAUGCCCUGGGCCAGUUCUUCUGUGAGCUCCCACACAUCCUCAAGCUCUCCUGCUCACACUCAGGCUACUUCAGAGAAAUUGGGCUCAUUGGGGUUAGUGCUUGUUUAGCACUUGUUUUUUUCAUUUUCAUUGUUUUCUCGUAUGUGCAGAUCUUCAGGGCUGUGCUGAGGAUCCCCUCUGAGCAGGGACAGCACAAAACCUUUUCCACGUGCCUCCCUCACCUGGUUGUGGUCUCCUUGUUUAUCAGCACCUCAUUCUUUGCCUACUUGAAGCCCCCUUCCAUCUCCUCCCCAUCCCUGGAUCUGAUUGUGUCAGUUCUGUACUCAGUGGUGUCUCCAACACUGAACCCCCUCAUCUACGGCCUGAGGAACCAGGAGCUCAAGGAUGCCCUGAGGAAACUCAUAUGGAACAUAAGGAAUCCAGGGACACUGUGGAACUUCAUGGAAACAAGGAGCAGUUGUAACACUACAGGGCUUUACAGCAGCCCCCGAGCUGGUGGGGCUGCUCUGCAGAGCAGGGGGGCUGUGGGGCCCGGGGCCAUGGAGGACUCUGUGGGGCUGUGCUUCUCAAGCUGGGAGGCAGAGCCAGCUGAUGGUGUUCCCUGCCACUGA